AAAAUCGGAAUUACGCCCUCAGUUAUCGCGCCAUCGGUUUUUUAUCACGCUCAUCCCGCGUAUCGGCGCGCUUAUGCCUUUCUAGGUGACUCGCUCGCUGUUCCGCGAGUGAGCGCGGCCCGCCAUGGGCACUCUCCUCACCCCUCCGCUCCCCCGCGCCCUAGCUCCGCUAGUUGCCUUGCACCACUCGCGCUUCCCCCUACGCUACUUCCGCUUGCCCAGAACCCCCCCGAAUCCGCUUGAAUCCCCCAGGAUUCCCCACUGCCCGCUUUACCCUAAGAUCUCUGUUUUUCCAGCAGCUGGGGGAGCUGUUUUCCCCCUUUCGCCCGGAAGAAGCCGGAUCCGCGCGGAAAGGCGCGCAGAGGGCGGAAAUCCUGGCGAAAGGGGAGGGCGCGGAGCCUCGCGGGGAGGGGGGACUCGGGAGGCGGAGGAACAGCAAAUCUGCCACGUCAGCAGCGGGGACGGGGACGCGGACAGGGAUCACGUGGCAGUAGCCGUGACGUGGAGGGCAACGUGGAGGGUACAGGGGCGCCGAUGAUUGGCAAGCACAAGAAGGCAAAGAUCACGGACGAAUGGGUGAUUUCGGAGUUUAGCUCGGUGCAGAGUGAUGAAGAGCAGGAGCGAGCGGACCAGAACCACAUGUGUGCUCGGUACGAGAGGGCUCUUGACUCCUUCCUGUCCCCGCCAGCAACACCUUUGACUAGUGCUCCUUCUGAUGCUGUACCUCCUUCGAACGUUGGACCUGUAUCGAGCAUUGAGGACCCUCACGACUCGGAAAACUCGGAGGAACCGGAGUGCUCUCAAGAACCGGACCUGUUGUUCGUGUUUGCACGGAAGAAGCAGUCACUUCUCGACUCAGAAGCAGUCACGGAUGGACGACCAACACCCAGGUCGAGACCAAGGCCCCCUUGGCUGCAGUGGACUCUCGUUGCUCAACUCGCCCUUCCCCCCCGCACGCUCCAAGCUGCCAUGCGGGAUGCUGAGACUGCAGCAGAUGCUGCAGGUGAAGCAGCAGCAGCAGCACCAGCAGCAGGAGCAGACAUUUCUGCAGUGAUCAGCAAUGCUGCUUCUUCACCUGCUGCGGCUGCUGCUGCGGCUGCUGCGGCUGCGACAAGUGCGGAUUCCUUGAACAGCCAGGAAACAACCAUUCAGCACUGGUUCGCAAGCCAGAAAAUGGAUGAGCACGUGCAGAAAUGGUUGAUGCAUCGGUUACCCAAGAGGGCGUGGAGUGACGUGGCCCAGUGCGUGGCCUGGUACCGCCCAGACCUGGUGUUUACCAGACAUCCUGCAUUUGAGAUGCGCUUUGAGCCUCAGAAGCCUUUUUUUCAGCGCCUAUUUCCAGAGAGCUUCCCCUCCCUAGAACCACACCCGCAGUCACAACCACUACAACCGGUACAAUCAAUACAGUCACAAUCACAAUCACAGUCACAAACACAGUCAUUGCAGUCACACGUCCUUGUGAGCAACCUGAAACGGGUCCUGGGCUUACUACCGAGCGCCACGCGUGCUGCCAUGCGGGCAGCGUAUGAGGCCGCCACGUGGCGACAGCAGGCCUCCAUCUUGCGCCACGUGGCGGGUCUCCAGCUCAGCGCUGACUGGGACGUGCUGGGCCUAUCGGCCUCAACUGGAGGAAUCGAUGUGACGGGCAUUGCGGGGCAAACCGAUGGUGAUACUAGUGAAGAUGACUGGGGAGAGCAGGUGCAGGGGGGGGAAGUGGGGGAAGAGGGGGAAGAGGAGGAGGAAGAGGAGGAAGGGAAGGGAGAGGAGGGAGAGGGGAGGGAUUUGCAAGAUGAGGAGGGGGAGGAGGAGGACGAGGAUUUGGUGUGGUCGGAAGCAGAGGAGCAGCGGGCACUGGCUCGGGAUGCGGAGAUAAUGAAGCAGGGGCAAGGAUUGAUGAGGCUGGAACUGAUGGGUGCAGGCAGCAUUGAUGGCGAUGGUGGUGCGGCUGACAUUGACUUGACAAGUGCUGGCGCUGGAGAGUUGUCUAUAAUGGAGCAGACUCUAGUGAGGAAGAAGGAAGAGGCAGGUGUGGAGGUGAAGGCUGCAGUCGGUCCGUUUGAUUCUGCUAGGCUGGUUGGCGAGCUGACGCUGCUGCAUGCCAUUGAGACCGGGGAAGUGACAUUCUGAGGCUGCUGGUGCAACCUACCAAAAUGCCCUGGAGAGUUGUCUGUAAUAGAGAAGACGUUAGUGAGGAAAAAAGAAGAGGCGGGUGUGGCGGAGGUGAAGCAGCAGUGGGUCCAUUCGAUUCUGCUAUGCUGAUCGGAGAGCUGAGCUGAUAGGAGAGCUGAGCUGAUAGGAGAGCUGAGCUGAUGGGAGAGCUGAGCUGAUCGGAGAGCUGAGCUGAUCGGAGAGCUGAGCUGAUAGGAGAGCUGAGCUGAUAGGAGAGCUGAGCUGACGCUGCUGCAUGCCAUUGCGACUGGGGAAGUGAAGUGAAACUCUGAGGAUGAGUCCUGGGAAUGCAGGCUGCAGCAUGCCAAUAACAUCUCUCAGGUCAUUCAAAUUGUCUACACAUGAUGUGAGGCACCUCUGCAGCAGUGAGCCCGCCCAGUAACAGCAGAUGUUGCAUUUCUUUCGGCUGUUACCACGGCAGGACUGACUGAACUUCUGUAUUGGUAUGCCAAAAAACCGAACUGGCAUUGUUAUCUUUCGAGUGGUGAAGUGCGAAUGGGCAC